AUGGAACUGCAUAAAAAGUUUAGUGAUUAGUUUUCACUGAAUAUGAUUACUCGAUUUGUUUAAGUAAGUAUAUUUGUUUGAUUUAAUUAGUUAACUAUUAUUAAGCAAAAGAAAUUUAAUUUACAUUAAUAAUUUAAUUUACUAUAUUUUAAAAUAAAUUUUUGUAUUGCCAGUUUUUAAAAAGUGAGCAACUUAUACAGUAUAUAUAUCCAUGGAUUAGUAUAAUAUUAAUUUAAUAUAACAUUAAUGAAAAUUUUAUUAACAUUUUAAGCAACAACAUUAGAUUAUCAAAAAUAAUGAGAAUCAACAAAAAAAAUAUUUCUAAUUUGAUUUAAAGUCAACAUAAAUUUUACAAUUCGUUUAUUCAGCAGUAUCAUUGACGCCAUUUUUCUCUUCCCGGAGUUAUUAAAUUAUCUUUUUUAUUGUAGCAAUAAAGUUCGAGCGUCAGCGAAUUCUAAAAUUAAAAAAAAAAAGAGUAAUAGCUACUACUAAAUAUUGCCGUUUAUAAAGUGUUUGAAUGACGCGGAAGAGGAGCUGGUCGAUAUCCAACACGAAGUUGGCAACGCAUGCGCCUCGAUUAUAGAGAGUACUGAGCAACUUCAGGGUAGCUCACAAUGUCGACUUCUGCAAUAUAUAUCUUAGACGUAAAAGGGAAGGUCUUGAUUUCUCGAAAUUAUCGCGGAGACAUAGAAACGGGUGUUAUAGAAAAAUUCAUGCCUCUAGUAAUGGAACGCGAGGAGGAAGGGAAUCUUACUCCGAUUAUUCAAACUGCUGAAUGUACAUAUGCGUACAUCAAGUAUAAUAAUCUGUAUAUUGUGUCUACUACAAAGAAGAAUGCAAACAUUUCCUUAGUAUUUGUAUUCUUACACAAACUGGUGCAAGUGAUGCAAGAAUAUUUCAAGGAACUUGAAGAGGAGAGUAUAAGAGACAAUUUUGUAGUCAUUUAUGAGCUCCUAGAUGAAUUAAUAGAUUUUGGUUAUCCACAAACCACAGACAGUAAGAUAUUACAAGAGUACAUUACUCAAGAAGGCCACAAGCUUGAAAUUCAACCACGCAUUCCUAUGGCUGUAACUAAUGCAGUAUCUUGGAGAUCAGAAGGAAUAAAGUACCGCAAAAACGAAGUAUUUCUAGAUGUCAUAGAAUCUGUGAACCUUCUAGCAAAUGCUAAUGGAAAUGUAUUGAGUUCUGAAAUUGUUGGUGCCAUAAAGAUGAGAGUUUACUUGUCUGGAAUGCCAGAAUUAAGGCUUGGUCUAAAUGACAAAGUGUUGUUUGAAUCUACAGGACGUGGAAAGUCCAAAUCUGUUGAGUUGGAAGAUGUGAAAUUCCAUCAAUGUGUCAGGCUGUCUAGAUUCGAAAAUGAUAGGACAAUUUCCUUUAUUCCACCUGAUGGAGAGUUUGAAUUGAUGUCUUAUAGAUUAAACACCCACGUAAAGCCUCUGAUAUGGAUUGAAUCUGUCAUUGAAAGGCAUGCCCAUAGCAGAGUGGAAUACAUGAUAAAAGCUAGAUCACAGUUUAAGAGACGUUCCACAGCCAACAAUGUAGAAAUAGUAAUUCCAGUACCCAAUGAUGCGGAUUCUCCUAAAUUUAAGACUACUAUUGGCAGUGUUAAAUAUUCUCCAGAGCAAAGUGCUAUAACUUGGUUUAUUAAGUCAUUCCCUGGUGGAAAAGAAUAUUUGAUGAGAGCACACUUUGGUCUACCAUCUGUCAUUGGGGAAGAUGUAGAAGGAAAGCCACCAAUUCAAGUGAAAUUUGAAAUUCCAUAUUUUACUACUUCAGGAAUCCAAGUGCGCUAUCUAAAAAUAAUUGAAAAGAGUGGAUAUCAGGCACUACCAUGGGUGAGAUAUAUCACUCAAAAUGGAGAUUACCAACUGAGGACAAAUUAA